AUGGAGAAUAUACCAGGUCCCCCACAUGUCUACAAAAACCGAGAACAGACACCCCCGGGCCAGAUUAUUGGUCUUACAGAAACAGGGCCUCAUGUUCUUGUCCUGGCCACUCUGUCACCAAAGGGAAAAAGUACAGAAAGCGAUGACAGCGAAAGCGACUUGAAGGGUCUCAUUUACAAUGAUGAAGAAUCUGACGAGGAAUUCCUGACUGCAGAGUUUGGAUUUGAACACUGGCCCGUGUCAAACAUCAACACACCCAUCCGAGACCGCAUGGUGGAAAGCAAAGGAUGGCUCACAAACCCGCUACAUGUGUAUCGUGAAGGAAGCAUGCAUGUAAUCCUGCCAUCAGAAUAUGAAAGUGCUCUCCAAGGAUCCAUGGUUCAAAUCUCAUUCACUUUGUCUUGCCAUCUAAUUGGAGGAUGUGAAGGAAAGCGCGCAACCUUCACAGCAAACAUUGGUGAAGUCAUUGUGUUGAAGGAACCUGAGGUGCUGCCAAGUUACUGA